CAUGGCGGCCUGAAAACAAACCAAAACAGUUCGUGUAAAACACGUGGGAACGAGGCGAAUAUAAAGUGUCAUUCUCUCUGUGUUGACCCGCGGGGCGUUCAGGUAUCGAUCAACACAGCCAUGUCGACUAUUGGUCGAUUAGUCGCCGAGGUUCCGGUGAUCGACGUCGGAGGAGAGGACUCGUGUUUCUGCAGCUCCGGAGCUCAUUGAUAUAUAUAAAAACAACAACAACAACAACAACAACAACUCACUGCAGGACGCGACGGCCACUCCGGAACCGACCAUGUGCAGAGACCUGCAGAGUCCUAAACACCAAGGCUACAGCAGAUACGCCGGCUUGAACAACGGGGAUUCUCCGGGUGAUGUGGAACCGACGCAAGACAUCUUCUGGGAUCCUACAUCGCCCACUGGUUCAGGGCUCAGGAACACCAGAGUUGUGGAAAUAUCCGAUAUCGUCAACCGUCUCGCUCCAAAGGAUGUGAAGAGGAAAGGGACCGACUCUCCUCUGCUGCAGUGGAUAGGCGACAGUGCCGUCCCUUGUACGCCGGACGUCCCAAAGCCAAGAGUCAGGAAGAAGUCCUCUCGGCAGAGCAGCGUGGAUGACCUCGUCAAACUCGCCAGGCAGUUUGACGAGAACAUGCAGCAGGACAGGGAGACUUCUGAACAGCUCAACGCCGUCAGCGAUAACCUCAAUGAAUGUGUGAACACUCCAGAAACCAAACCGACAGAUGCAUCGAUCCCUAGCGACGUGAAGGACCUGAAGUGUCCCUCCUCCUCCGACCCGGUGGAGGCGGAGCUACGCGCUCUGUUCGACUGCUCCACUCAGAAGGUCAGCGGCCGGCUCAGCCAGUUCUCCUCGGCGUCGGCCCGUUCGCAGGAAGUAAAACACCAACCUUUGACUCCGACUUCGGCUGAAAGCAGACAAACAGAGCUCAAGUCAGCCGGCGGGUCCGGCCUCGCCUCACAUCCCGCUGACGGGAAAGCAUCCUGUGGUUUCAGCGCUAACACCUGUGACGACUUUGACGACGACUGGGAGAACGAUGACCUCAUCAAUGACUCCUUUGUCCUUGCAAUGACCAACAAUGAAACCACCUCACAGACAAACAUCAAGACAAGCACCUCUCAGUUCACCUCCGUUUGCAAACCGUCUGCAAACUCUGCACAUCAGCCUCCGAGCUUGCACUCAAAGUCGAGCUGCAGUUCUCUCCAGGAACUGUGUCCCAAACUAAAGACUUCCAACCGAAGCACUUUCAAGUUAGAGCCCAACCCUCACUUCAAGACCAAGGAGGUCUCCAAGUCCAUCGUCGCUGUUACGCAACCUUCAUCAAAGACUUCUGACCAUAAAGCUGCUUCCACAAAGACUCCAUCGAUCCCGAUCCCCGACAAGAUCCCCAAACAUCAGAAGACGAGUGUAGCUGCAGACACUUCGGACAGCUUGUGGGACGACGGGGUGGACGAUGACCUGCUCUACCAGGUGUGCGACCGCGUGGAGAGGAUCUCCAACAGUCAGCCCCAACGAGAGAGUCCCAGCAGCUGCAGAGAAAAGCAAGACGGACCGCGGAAAAACCCGCCACCUCCACCAGUCGAAGCGUCCCGGUUGGUGAACGGCGGCGCUGACAGACGGUCGUCGUGUACUUUCAUUCGCUCUAACUCGUUACCUGUGAGCUGCAGCAGAGAAACAGGGAACUACCAAGGAUGGAACGUUCCCAUGAAAGGGGCCAACAACAGGUCGGAGAUGUCUCAGAGCCUCCCGGGGAGCCGCGUGAGUCUGGGAACGUUCAACCAGUGCAAAGACUCCUCUGGAACGUUCCAAUCUAAUGUGGACACCAAGCCGCACGCAGUGAACUACAAAUCCCAUCAACCCGCCUUCAAGAGAAAUCUGUCCGACUCAGCAGCUAUAAGCAGCAAAGUUUUUGUCACGAGCCAGAUGACGCUGAAGUGCUCCGCGGCCGAGAUCGGGAGGAAGAAAGAGGAGGCGUUGGCCAGGAGGAGGCUCAGAAUGCAGAACAACACGAAACCAUAGAGGAGCGUCGUCCAGACUGAAGAACACCUUUACAGACAUCUUUGUUUUAUACCAGCAGCUCAGCCUCCUCCUCAUCCACAAGUUACUGAUCACAGUGGUUAUGUUAAUAGUUCAGAACGAAAGAUGUUCUACAGAAAGAAUGUCUGUUGGAAAAGCUGCUGGACGAUUUUGCUGCAACAUGUUUUAUGUUUUAUGUUUGAGUUUUACGCACGGAUUGAUGGAGAGACUCAGAUCUGGUGCUGGAAAACAUUAAAAUACUUUUUUAUUUGUUUAGUUUUUUUUCACAUUCUGACUGAAAAAUAGUUUACAUCCACUGAGUAUGAAAUUAUUCUGAAUGCUGAAUAUAAUUUUUCUGUUUUUCAGCAUCAUCAUUUCAGCUCUCUGCCCAUAUUUUUGAGCAUAUGUUUGUUUAAAAGUAGUAAAUAGUUCCAUCUGUGUUCCUGCUGUAUUGUCUACUGUAUGUUUUUGAUAAAACACAUUAUGUGCCUGUAACUUCUACUGAUGCGUACUUUAAAUAUUUAAUACUUUGUAAUCAAAAGAGCGUCGCUUUAGUUGAAGUAAAUUAAGAGAGUAUUAAAAACACAAACUUUUCUUUGGGGCCAAACUACAAAUUGAAUGGAUGUUAAUGUUUUCUUAAUAUUUCUUCUUCUUUCUUUGGCUUUUCUCUACAUUUUGUUUGUGCAUGUCAUAUUCUUCAUCCUUCCAGUUUUGCACAGGUCAGAAUUAAGUGUCCCACUCUGAAGACAGUGUUGUGACUCUCCUCUGUUAUGCACCUGAGGAAGACAGCCUCACUACACGUCCUAGAAGUUUAGAUCAGCUGUGUUAUGAGGCAGACCCGAGGUAAAUGUAUCUCUCAACAAAUUUGACCGUUACUUCCCAUGAUGGACUUGACUUGUAAACAUUUUCCUAAUUUAUCUGUCAUGAUGUAACCCCAAAACUAAAGGAAUGAACACCUGACACUGUGAAUAAACUGCUCUAAUCAUACCUGGUGUGCACG